AACAAUGUAAAAAUCAAUUACAGUUGUAAUUCAGGUCUGAGUUGGGGAACAACUCUCGCGUCAUCGUUUUUAUUUUUUAAGGACGGUCAGGCUUGUGCUUGUUGCUGGGCUUUCGACAGAAUUACUUCUCACCCCGCACUGAUUUAAUGCACUUCGUUAUAACUGUUCUUAGUUAUGCGUUGUCUUCAUUAAACGUGUGCUUUCGUUUUACCUCAGAGUGAGGUUAUGUUUUUUAUUGGUGGAGACCAUAGAAUACUCACGAUAUAACCUGGUGGAGACCAUUUAAACUCGAAUAUGAACUGGUGGAGACCAUUAAAACUCUGGAAUUUUUUUGAUUAUGAUGAUUCAAUGAUAUAACUUUUUUAUUUUUGUGGGAUAACCUGGCAGUUUGUGAGUUUAAUAACUCCGCCAACACACUUCAAAGUUAAAAAAAAAAAAAAAAAAAAAAAAAAUCAAUUAGAUUUUGUGUUGUAAAGAAAAAUAAUAAAAUUUUCAACAAGAAAUAAGUUAAUUAUUUAUUAAAUAAGACUUGACUUUUAAUUUAUGUCUAUGGAUGGUUUAUAUUUGAAAAAGUUUAAGGAUAACGUUAAAACAACGGGUGUUUUAUAUAAAUUGCCGUCGCCCUUGCAGAAAGUACCAGCAGACAGAAACAAAAUGGAACAGUUGUCGGGUGUUAUGAUAAUUAUUAUAAUUGGUGGUGGGGUCUUGACAUUUGUUAUGUUAUUCAUAUUUGCCAAAAGGCAAAUAAUGCGUUUUACAUUAAGGAGCCGUAGGGGUCCGCAUGUGCCAGUGGGCAAUGAUGCUAAGAAGACUUUAAGAAGAGAAAUCGAGCGUCGUUUGGAUUGUAUACAGAAAAUCGCUCAAGAACCCAAACUACUAUGGAAUGAUGAUAAAUAUAUUUUACAAUGUGACAAACCUUUGCCGCCAUAUUAUUAUCGUAUGCAGGCUGUGGAUGAUGUUAAGAUUUUAGAACGUGAAAUAGCCAAAUAUGAUGGUUCCACACGACAUCCUUACGAUAACUUAAGAGCCUUUCUCUUGACCACUCUCUCAUCAUGUCUGACUGGCACUGGACAACGUAUGAUUCAUCAAUUUUGCGAUAUGUACGAACAUGCUAGACAUGAUCCUAAUGAAUUCGGCUGUGAAGAAUAUGAAGCAUAUCAUAGACUUUUGUUGAAACUUAUAGAAGCCGCUAAACAAUUGAAACCUUUUAAUAAUUCACGUAAAAGUUCACCGGCACGUUCCAUGAUCAAACCCUCAAAAAUGCCAUCCCUACUUGAUCCCUCACGUUUGAAACCACCACCCGCUUCCAGUGUUCGAACAUCGGGUGGGCAAUUGUCUUCGACUGGUAGUGAUUUAACUGCUGGCCAUCAAUCAAAAGUUAAUUUGACUUUAGGUCUUCAUGGUCGUGAUAUUGAUGGCUGUGAAAUUGUUACUAAUCCCUUGCAUUUACAAACACCAGCCGAUCGUGAUAUUAUUAUUAGAAAUCGCAUUAAAACUCCUACAUUAGAUGAUAUUGUCCAUGAACCCGAUGAUGAAGAUGAGAUUAUAGAGGGAGGAGAUGAUGAAAUUAUGAGCAUUUCAUCGGUUAAAUUUAAUGAUAAUUCUAGUGUGGUAUGAUGAUUAGAUGAUGAGAGUGUAGUAGCGUUAGCAAGUGUAUUAAUUAAGAAACAUAUUAAAUAAUGUGUAGCCAACAAUAAUAUAAAACCAAAGUAAAAUAGUUGUUAAGUUGCAGAAAGAGUUUUCAUUGGAUGGAAAAAGGAGAGAACAACACGUUUUCCAAGUAAUUUUUGAAAUCAAAAGAAAAAAAAAAUCACAACAAAUUUUUGUUAUGGACCCGUAUCAUUAAAAGGUAAAUACAAUUUUUA